GCGAUUCUUUGCAGCGAACGAGACAAGGCUGGACACGAUUUCAGCCAUAUUCGGCUGCAGAGAGAACCACACCGGCUAGUUCAAACUAGCACAGAGGGAUUCACCUACGAAAAAACUGCCACUCCCAAUUUUUUUGUGGACUCGUUUCCUUAGUUUUAGACUAUUUCUUGACUUAUCCUUGGCAUGCGAGGAGGUUGAUGGUCUAGCAGAUGAGAGAAUGGGCGGCCGGUCAACCUGAGAUUCGACGGGGGAAAACGACAUCCCAUUUUCUAACGUUAAGUGGAAAGUACAGAUUUGUCAGGAUUAAAGCAAAUGGGACCGACUGGGCCUCGAAUCUGAGAGACGGGAGCAAAGUGGCGACGCCAGUAACUACAGGCCGAGAUUAAAUAGUCCACUAACAUUAGAAAAAUAUAAUGUUGGGGUUAUUUUGCUAGCUAGCUAGCUUUAGGCUAGCUAGCAAGUUGGAGUCUGGAACUUCAGUGCUCCACAUCUGCCAAAUUACUCUUUAUUUUUUGGCUGCGCCGAAAGGGUGCAGGGAAACGUUAAUCUCCUCUAUUACCAACACGGGUAGCAUUUUUUCGGGCGCAGGGAGUGGUAGCCAACGUGCUAGCUAAUUGUUAAGAAAAUGUCUGCGAAGGUGCGCCUGAAGAAGUUGGAGCAGUUGCUGUUGGAUGGUCACCAAAAGAAUGCAAGUUCACUCAGCGUCGAAACCCUUCUGGAUAUUUUAAUAUGUUUGUACAACGAAUGCACCAAUUCCCCCUUAAAACGGGAGAAGCACGUGACGGAAUUCUUGGAAUGGGUGAAGCCGUUCACCACCACAGUGAAGGAGAUGCGUCUUCAUCGAGACGACUUCGAGAUGCUGAAGGUGAUUGGACGUGGAGCCUUUGGAGAGGUUGCUGUGGUGAAGAUGAAAAACACGGAACGGGUCUACGCCAUGAAAAUCCUCAACAAGUGGGAGAUGCUGAAAAGAGCCGAGACGGCCUGUUUCCGGGAGGAGAGGGACGUCCUGGUUAACGGAGACUGCCAGUGGAUCACCACCCUACACUACGCCUUCCAGGAUGACAACUACCUGUACCUGGUCAUGGACUACUACGUCGGGGGUGACCUGCUGACCCUGCUGAGUAAGUUCGAGGACCGUCUCCCGGAGGACAUGUCCAAGUUCUACGUGGCGGAGAUGGUGCUCGCCAUCAGCUCCAUCCACCAGCAGAACUACGUGCACAGGGACAUCAAGCCAGACAAUGUUCUGCUGGACAUGAAUGGACACAUCCGCCUGGCCGACUUCGGUUCCUGUCUCAGGAUGAUGCCCGAUGGCACGGUUCAAUCGUCGGUUGCUGUGGGAACCCCAGACUACAUCUCCCCGGAGAUCCUGCAGGCGAUGGAGGACGGGAUGGGGAAGUACGGGCCGGAGUGCGACUGGUGGUCCCUGGGCGUGUGCAUGUACGAGAUGCUCUACGGAGAGACGCCCUUCUACGCAGAGUCCCUUGUGGAGACCUACGGCAAGAUCAUGAACCACGAGGAGCGUUUCCAGUUCCCCUCCCACAUCACGGACGUGUCGGAGGACGCCAAGGACCUGAUCCAGCGGCUCAUCUGCGGCCGGGAGCGGCGCCUGGGCCAGAACGGCAUCGAGGAGUUCCGUCGGCACCCCUUCUUCGCGGGCAUCGACUGGGAGAACAUCCGCAACACCGAGGCGCCGUACAUCCCCGACGUCAGCUCGCCCUCCGACACAUCCAACUUCGACGUGGACGACGAUGUCCUGAAAAACCCUGACAUUGCUCCGCCUAUGUCCCACACGGGCUUCACCGGUCAGCACCUGCCCUUCGUGGGCUUCACCUACACCACAGACAGCUGCUUCUCGGACUGCGGCACCGUGCGCCAGGCCGCGCUGCCCGGUGCAGGCGGCUCGGCCGCCAUGGAGGUGGACGGGGGGCUACAGGUGGAGGCCUUCGAGCAGAGGAUCCGCAGCCUGGAGAAGGAGAACCAGGAGCUCAACCGCAAGCUGCAGGAAUCAGCGCAGGCUGGCGGGUCAGGCCGUGGGACCAGCACCUUGGGCCGAGACAAGGAGAUCAAGAAGCUCAACGAGGAGAUCGACCGUCUCAAGAAGAAACUAGCCGACUCUGAUCGGCUGGAGCACCAGCUGGAGGAGGCGGUGACCCUGCGCCAGGACUACGAGAGCUCCUCCACCAGGCUCAAGGCCCUGGACAAGCAGGUCAAGGCCCUGCGGCAGGAGAAGGAGGAGAUCCACAAGCAACUGGUGGAGUCUCUGGAGCGCCUCAAGUCCCAGACGAAGGAGCUGAAGGACGCGCACCAGCAGCGCAAGCUGGCCAUGCAGGAGUUCUCCGACCUGAACGAGCGCAUGGCCGAGCUGCGCUCGCAGAAGCAGCGGCUCUCGCGCCAGCUCCGCGACAAGGAAGAGGAGAUGGACGUGGUCAUGCAGAAGCUGGACACCAUGCGCCAGGACAUCCGCAAGACCGAGAAGGCCCGCAAGGAGCUGGAGGGUCAGCUGGAGGAUGCCAAGGCGGACGCCUCCAAGGAGCGCAAGCUGCGUGAGCACAGCGAGGUCUACUCCAAACAGCUGGAGAGUGAGCUGGAGAGCCUAAAGAUGAAGCAGGGUGCGGGCCGUGCCUCGGGCCUGAGCGCGGACGCGCAGCAGGAGCUGUCCAAGCUGAAGUCGGAGCUGGACAAGAAGGUGCUGUUCUACGAGGAGGAGCUGGUCCGGCGCGAGGCCUCGCACACCAGCGAGAUGAAGAACCUGCGCAAGGAGCUGCACGACUCCGAGGGCCAGCAGCUGUCCCUGCACAAGGAGCUGCUCAUGCUCAAGGACAAGCUGGAGAAGGCCAAGCGCGAAAGGCAAACCGAGAUGGACGAGACUGUGGGCGCGCUGAAGGAGAAGGGCGAGCGCGACCGCAACCUGCUGACCGACGAGAACCGCAAGCUGACGUCCGAGAACGACAGGCUGUGCACGUUUGUGGACAAGCUGACUACCCAGAACCGUCAGCUGGAGGAUGAGCUGCAGGACCUGGCCUCCAAGAAGGAGAGCGUGGCCCACUGGGAGGCCCAGAUCGCAGAGAUCAUCCAGUGGGUGAGCGAUGAGAAGGAUGCUCGUGGCUACCUGCAGGCCCUGGCCUCCAAGAUGACCGAGGAGCUCGAGUCUCUCCGCAGCUCCAGUCUGGGAUCCCGACCUCUGGACCCCUUGUGGAAGGUGCGUCGCAGUCAGAAGCUGGACAUGUCGGCCCGUCUGGAGCUGCAGUCGGCGCUGGAUGCGGAGAUCCGGGCCAAGCAGCUGGUCCAGGAGGAGCUCCGCAAAGUCAAGGCGUCCAACAUCGCCCUGGAGAGCAAGCAGAAGGAGCUGGAGGCCAAGACCAAGGAAAUGGAGGAGCAGUUGGAGAACCUGAAGAAAGAUCUAGAGGAGAGCCGCUCACGCUCCGACAAAGGCCUAAAGCUGCCUGACUUCCAGGACUCCAUCUUUGAGUACUUCAACACUUCCCCUCUGGCCCAUGACCUGACCUUCAGGACCAGCUCAGUCAGCGAGGUCGACGCCACGCCCCAGAAGUCGGACGUUCCCUCCUCCUCCCCUUCGGUCUCCUCGGAGCAGGAAGAGCCUCCCAAGCCCCCGGCCACCACCCCCCCUGCUCCAUCUCCUGCUUAUCAGUCCUCUCUGACCACACCAAAGCCCAAAGCUCACCAGCUGAGCAUCAAGACCUUCUCCAGCCCCACCCAGUGCACCCACUGCACCUCCCUCAUGGUGGGCCUGAUCCGACAGGGCUACGCUUGCGAGGUGUGCUCCUUCAUCUGCCAUGUGUCGUGCAAGGAUAACGCCCCGCUGGUGUGCCCCAUACCCCCGGAGCAAGCCAAGAGGCCCCUGGGCAUCGACGUCCAGAGGGGCAUUGGAACAGCCUACAAGGGCUUCGUCAGGAUCCCCAAACCCACUGGUGUGAAGAAGGGUUGGCAGCGGGCCUACGCCGUGGUGUGUGAUUGCAAGCUCUUCCUGUACGAGGUGCCCGAGGGGAAGUCCACCCAGCCCGGCGUGGUGGCCAGCCAGGUCCUCGACCUGAGAGAUGAGGAGUUCUCUGUGAGCUCUGUCCUGGCCUCUGAUGUGAUUCAUGCCACACGCAAAGAUGUCCCCUGCAUAUUUCGGGUGACGUCGUCCCUGCUGAGCUCCCCGGCGGGGGCGCGGGCCGUGUCGCUGCUGGUGCUGGCUGAGAGCGAGGCGGAGAAGAGGAAGUGGGUGGGCAUCCUGGAGGGCCUGCAGAGCAUCCUGGCCAAGAACCGCCUGCGCAACCGCGUGGUGCACGAGCUGCUGGAGGCCUACGACAGCAACCUGCCCGCCAUCAAGACCAUGCUCUCCGCCGCCGUCGUCGAUCGAGAGCGCAUCGCCCUGGGCACAGAGGAAGGCCUGGUCGUGGUGGAGGUGACCAGAGAUGUGAUCGUGCGCGCGGCCGACUGCAAGCGGGUGCAGCAGAUCGAGCUGAUCCCCAAAGAGAAGAUGGUGGCGCUCCUGUGCGGCCGCAACCGCCACGUGCACCUGCACCCGUGGGGGGCGCUGGAGGGCGCCGAGGGCACCUUCGACAUCAAGCUGACCGAGACCAAGGGCUGCCAGGCGCUGGUGACGGGCACCCUCCGCCCCGGCGGCGCCGCCUGCCUGCUGGCGGCCGUCAAGCGGCAGGUGCUGUGCUACGAGAUCACGCGCGGCAAGCCGCACCACCGCAAGCUGUGGGAGGUGCAGGCGCCCGGGGUGGUGCAGUGGCUGGGCAUGGUGCGCGAGCGGCUGUGCGUGGGCUACCCGUCGGGCUUCGCGCUGCUGGCGCUGCAGGGCGAGGCGUCGCCCGUGAGCCUGGUGAGCCCCGGCGACCCCUCGCUGGCCUUCCUGGCGCAGCAGCCGCUGGACGCGCUCCACGCCAUGGAGGUGGGCGCCAACGAGCUGCUGCUCUGCUUCGGCCCGCUGGGCGUCUACGUGGACGCGCAGGGCCGGCGCUCGCGCGCCCAGGAGCUCAUGUGGCCCGCCACGCCGCUAGCCUGCAGCUCCAACUCCACCUACCUGACCGUGUACAGUGACUACGGGGUGGACGUGUUUGACGUCCACACCAUGGAGUGGGUGCAGACCAUCUCUCUGAGGAAGAUCCGACCUCUGAAUGUGGAGGGCAGUUUGAACCUGCUUGGCACUGAGCAACCACACCUCAUCUACUUCAGCAACAACUCACCAGAGGGCUGUGAGCUGUCCAUCCCCGAGACGUCGGAGAACAGCAAGAAGCUGAUGGUGCGCACGCGCAGCAAGCGGAAGUUCCUCUUCAAGGUGCCCGAGGAGGAGCGGCUGCAGCAGAGGAGAGAGAUGCUCCGAGACCCAGAGCUGAGGUCCAAGAUGAUCUCCAACCCGACCAACUUCAACCACGUGGCGCACAUGGGACCAGGCGACGGCAUGCAGGCCCUCAUGGACCUGCCUUUGAGUGUGCACUCUUCCCAGGAGGACCCAGCCAAGGAUAAGCCUCGCCCACUCUCCAGCAUCUCCCGACAGCAGAGGAGCAAGACCCACAUCACACGCACCGCCUCUGGAGGAGGGGACUUUGUAGGCGCUGGCUCGUCCCGUAAUAUAUCUGACCCAGACGGUGACUUUGAUAGAGAGCCUGACUCGGACUCCACCAAACACUCCACCCCUUCCAACUCCUCCAACCCCAGCAGCCCUCCGAGCCCCAACUCGCCCCACCGCAGUCAGCUGACCCUCGAUGGGCUCGACCACGCCCUGGAUGGCUGAGGACCUCUGGCCCACACACUCACAGAAACACGCAAUCAAACACACGCACACACACAGACACACACACGCUCACGCUCAAACCUAUCCCAUGCAACUAGGAACAUUAAAAGUGCCAAGAGCAGACUCAGACUCCCAUGCUACCACGAAACAAAAAAAAAAAAAAACGAAAAAGAACACGCACACACACACACACACACACAUACACACACACAGACACACUGCACCUCACCACCCAAACCUCCAUUGUUUUACUUUGAUCCUAUUUGUAUUUGUUUGUGAGGACCUCACCACCACAUCAGCAAGGUUGGAAAAAAAACCCAGACAAAACAUAGAAAGCCAAGUCUUGUCUGUCACUUGGAUGCAAUGAUGAUAUUAAUGCUGGUGAUUGGGCUUGAGUGCAGGGUGGGUAUAUAUGUGUAAUGAUAUCUUUUACUGUGCUGCAAACCUAAGGCAACCAUUUUGGAAUUGUCAGCAGACAAAAGAAGACUGUCCUUUAUUUGCAGAGGAUCAGGUUGUAUUUUAGCCUACAGGGUCAAAUAAUUGGUGUUAGACUUGUAAGAGAGAAAAUAAUUCCAUGCCAUUUUCCUGUGAUGUUUUUUCUUUUUUUUUUUUUUUUAAUUUAGUAAAAUGCAAAUAUUUAGAGAAGUACUGCAGAGAGCUGAAUCUGCAUCAGGAUGUUGAGGUUGGAGACUUCCAGAGAGAGAGACACGUCCUGGUCUGUCCCUACCACUGCCUGACCACAGCAACAGCUCAAAGCAAACAGAAAGAAACAGAGGGAGAGAUGGGGAGCAAGAGACUUGAGGUUUUUUUUUUUUUUUUAACUUUUCUCCUGCGGCGGUAAUCUCGUCCAAUGGUGAGGAGAGGAGGCCGGUGGUCCGUCACGAAACUACGGAAAGCGGAAUCGUGGGACGAAGAGGAAUGCUUUCCUACCCCAGGCCCAUAGGCAGGACCUGACCUGACGUCACGUGACCGGCCUGCAUCAGUGGUUCUGAAAUGUGUUUCAGGAUCUUCCUUCCGUAUCUGGACUCUGGAGAGACUAGAGCACAGAAGAGACUGAACAGCUAAAUGAUCGAUGUUUACCAGACUCCGGGAGUCUGUGGCAUUCAUUCACCAGACUGGAGGUUUUUAGCCAAACCCAGUGGGCACUUUUAUUGCAUUUUUGUUGUCUCUCAAUUAUACAGUUUCACACAGCCUUUGUAACAUUCAUGUUUUAACCUUAGGUAAAUUUGCCACGAUAUAUCAAGCCGUAUCAUGUGAACGAGAGGGAAAAAAUGGGGGGUUAAAGAAAUUACAGAGGAAAAAAAAAAGACUUCAUAUGAAUUGAAGACAGACUUUUAUAGAUGAUGCAACUUGUUUUAAGAAAAAAAAAAGAAUAAAGAGAGAAUGGACCACACAUGCACACCCAUAUACACACACACAUACACAUACACACACACACAACCCAUAGGAUUUUAAACUGCUACACUCUUCAGCUGCUGCUGCUGCUGCUGCUUAACUCUGUGUGCUACAUUUUAAGGCUGGUGCGAUACCCCCUACCCCCCUCUCUCACACACACACACACACACACACACACACACACACACACACACACAUACUCUCCCACCCCACCCUGCCCAACCCUCCCAGAAUCUGCUCACUACCAACUUCAUUGAGCUCCAUGAACUUCACAUGGUGUCCAAUAAUGUAGAGGCAACAUGGGACGGACUCUCACCUCUAUACGUAUAUAUAUAUAUAUAUAUGAAUAUACACUUAACCCUCUUCACAAACCACCCACCCUUACCUACAUUGUCUGAUGUUCACAAACACUUUGCUUUUGAAUUUAAGAAGAGAAAAUAAUGGACAAUAUUUCUAAUAUGUUGGGUUUCGUUUUUUUUUUUAAGUCACACACACAUAUACCCACAUUCACGUUAUCGUGUGCCUUCAUGGCCCUACCACGUUACAGACUACAGGCUGCAAACAGGCUGUCCCCUUAAGCAUUUAAAGUUGUCUUUGGAUGACUGACGGCAAAAAAAAAAAAAUCAGUUAUUUCAUUCCCCCUCCCCUCCCCAGACUUUCAGAAACACUGUAUGAAACUUGCACAUGUUUUAGUCCAAGGAAAUUCUCUUGAUUGUUUUUUUGUGCGUGUGUGUGUGUUUGGGUGUGUGUGUGAGUGAGUGAGUGUGUGUGUGUGAGUGUACUUAAUGCCCUACCCUACUCAACCCAGCUGUUCUUACUCAAGAGAACAGGACUGAUUUCCUCCGUAUGUACACUACUGCUUUUUUUUUUCCUUUUAAAAAAAAAAUCACAAGUUGGAAUCUUUGUAAUUAUUGAAUUGUUAGCCUCAUAAAUUUGAACAAACAAUAAAAAGAGUAUCUGUUGUG